AUGGGGGUGAGAGGCGGCGGCGGCGGCGUGUCUGCGCGCGUCUCGUUGCAGAAGAUGGGGCUGCAGUUGAAAGCCACGUUAGAAAACCUGACCAAUCUCAGACCGGUGGGGGAGGAUUUCCGCUGGUAUCUGAAGCUGAAGUGUGGGAACUGUGCCGAGGUUUCAGAAAAAUGGCAAUAUUUACGAUUAAUGGACAGUCAUCCUCUCAAAGGAGGCAGAGGGAGUGCCACAAUGGUACAGAAAUGCAAGCUGUGCUCCAGAGAAAACUCUAUAGACAUCUUAAGGCACACCAUGAAGCCUUACAAUGCUGAAGACAAUGAGACAUUUAAGACAAUAGUUGAGUUUGAAUGCCGCGGCCUUGAACCAGUGGACUUCCAACCACAGGCUGGGUUUGCUGCAGAAGGUGCAGAGUCUGGAACACCUUUCACUGACGUCAACUUAUUGGAAAAGGAUUGGAAUGACUAUGAUGAAAAAAUAAAGGAAUCUGUCGGAAUCUAUGAAGUUACCCAUAGAUUUGUCAAAUGUUGAAACGUACUUGUCAUGGCAUUACUUUCUCCAUG